AUCAAGAACGGUGGUGUGCAGGUGGACGAGUACUCGCGCACGAAUGUUUCCAACAUUUACGCCAUCGGUGACGUCACAAAUCGUGUCAUGUUGACACCCGUUGCCAUAAAUGAAGCCGCUGCCCUUGUGGAUACCGUCUUUGGUACCAAUCCGCGAAAGACGGACCACACCCGUGUGGCGAGUGCCGUCUUCUCUAUUCCUCCAAUUGGUACCUGCGGUCUCAUUGAAGAGGUUGCAUCCAAGCGCUACGAGGUGGUGGCGGUAUACCUUUCCAGCUUUACCCCGCUCAUGCACAACAUCAGCGGAUCAAAGUAUAAGACUUUUGUUGCAAAGAUAAUUACCAACCACUCCGAUGGCACUGUGCUUGGUGUACAUCUUCUUGGGGACAAUGCCCCAGAAAUCAUCCAAGGUGUUGGUAUCUGUCUCAAGUUAAAUGCCAAAAUAUCCGACUUCUACAACACUAUUGGUGUGCAUCCCACAAGUGCGGAGGAGCUGUGCUCCAUGCGCACUCCUUCUUACUACUAUGUUAAAGGUGAGAAGAUGGAAAAGCCUUCAGAGGCAUCUCUGUAA